UCAGUUCCUGCCGGUCGCCCCUUCUCCUCUUCUUCCCCCUUUCGCGGUGUGCCCUUCACUCUCCCCGCUCCUAGGGUUUCCUCAUCCUCCCCCAGGCGCAGGCCUGCACCAGCCCAGCCGCCACCGGACAGCGCCACGGCGGCCGCCCCUUCCCGCCGCUGGAGACUCCCUCACCGCCGUCCGCCUGAAUUGCAUCUUCGUUCGCUCCCCGGCCGCCCCGCCCGAGAGGGGGCUCCCCGAUCGGUCGUUGCCUGCGUAGAUACGAGCGGCGGCGAUCUCUGGCUGUACCGCCGCGGGAAACGGAGGCAGGACGGUGAAGGAGGGAGAGCGAGGGGGUGUCCUACCGUCCUACGACUCCUGCGGUCCUGCCGUGCGUCGGGGGUGCCGAAUUUGUGACCAAAGGUGUUAUUCUGGUACUUCGGGAUUUCUAAGUGAAGUUGCUAAGGGAGUGACUUUAAGGUGUCUGCCACUAUCACUUCCAUGGCAACCAACGAGAACCUCCCACCAAAUGUGAUCAGGCAGUUGGCUAAAGAAUUGAAGAAUCUUGAUGACUCACCUCCGGAAGGGAUCAAAGUUAGUGUUAAUGAUGAUGACUUCACCACUAUUUUUGCUGAUAUUGAGGGCCCAGCUGGAACUCCAUAUGAGAAUGGAGUAUUCAGGAUGAAGCUGUUAUUAUCCCGUGACUUCCCUCAAUCUCCUCCAAAAGGGUUCUUCUUGACAAAAAUUUUCCAUCCAAACAUAGCAACUAGUGGUGAGAUCUGUGUCAACACACUGAAGAAGGAUUGGAAUCCUGGUCUUGGAUUAAGACACGUUCUGCUGGUAGUGAGAUGCCUUCUGAUUGAACCAUUCCCCGAAUCUGCCCUGAAUGAACAAGCUGGAAAGAUGCUACUUGAAAAUUACGAGGAGUAUGCACGGCAUGCAAGGCUGUACACUGGCAUCCAUGCGCUUAAGCCUAAGAACAAGUCGAAGAGUGGAGCUAUUUCCGAGUCAACCACAGCUCUAAAUGUGGGCCAGUCCAAUACUGUUCUCGGCGAGAUACCUUUGGCGUCAACACCAAUAUCUACCUCUGCUGCUGCCAAAGCAUUAGGUAAAAACUCACAGGAUCAGAAUGCUGCUACUUCUGAUCCUGUUGUAGGAGCAUCCACCGCACCCAAGAAGGAUGCAGCACAUGCAGCCAAAGUUGCAGUCGAUAAGAAGAAGCUGGAUGCAAGGAAGAAGAGCUUGAAGAGAUUGUAAUCGAAUAAUCCUGAGAGGUGAGGAGUGCUUAGUGGUAGAUAAGAUAAUGGUCUUCAUUAGUGCUAGAUUCAACUGAUGCCUGGUAGAACUGAAAAGAACAAAAAACAGUGCAAGAGGCAUCUCAUGGGGCAUCUCUGUGCUUUGUUGGGACAAAACUGUCUGUGCAAUUUCAACUAUUCAUUUAUUUGGAAGAAUACUCGCCUUUUCUGUUGAUUCCCA